GUUGAACACACUCAGUUUGCAGGCCUUGGAGAUGUGUCAAUAUCUGAAGAUAUUCCAGUGGAAGGAGAAAUCACCGUGCCUGUGGGAUCUCGUUCCCCUGAUGAAGACUACUCCACACUGGACGAGCCAGUUAAAGACACCAUUAUGCGAGAUCUGAAAGCGGUUGGAAAGAAAUUUGUCCAUGUCAUGUAUCCUAAAAAGAGCAGCGCCCUUCUAAGAGACUGGGACUUAUGGGGACCUUUAAUCCUGUGUGUCUUGCUUGCACUAAUGCUUCAGGGAAGAUCGGCAGACAGUACAGAAGACAAAGGCCCUCAGUUCGCGGAAGUCUUCGUUAUCAUUUGGUUUGGUGCCGUUGUCAUAACUCUAAAUUCCAAGUUGCUUGGAGGAACUAUAUCAUUCUUUCAGAGCCUGUGUGUCCUGGGCUACUGCAUCCUGCCAUUGACAGUAGCUCUGCUGGUGUGCAGACUGGUACUUCUAGCAAAUUCUGGAACCGUCGGCUUCAUUGUACGCCUUUUGGUGGUGAUGGCGAUGUUUGGCUGGUCAACAUUAGCCUCCACAGCCUUCCUGGCAGACAGUCAGCCCCCGAAUCGGAAGGCGCUUGUUGUGUACCCCAUCUUCCUGUUCUAUUUCAUCAUCAGCUGGAUGAUCCUCACCUUCGCACCUUAGGGAGGCCUAAGGAGCCAAGACUGCAGAACUGGGACAGUGGUUUUGUGACCGUUG